AUGUCGACGGUCCUUCUCACCGAUACGCAAACCAGCAUUACCAUCAUUCUCGCCAUUUUCCUUGGUGUCUUCUUGCUCUGGAAUAGCUCCAGUUGCAACAUACCUUACUUCAAUCCGCCUAGAUUCUGGCAGUUGGGUAAAGCAAAACGCGACUUUAUCACGAAUGGCAUGGAGAUGAUAUGGGCAGCCAAAAAGCGGUUUCCAGGCCAACCGUUUCGAAUAAUGUGUGAUCGCGGCGAGGUCGUUGUGCUGCCUCCACAUAUGGCCCACGAGAUUCGAAAUGAAUCAUCACUGAGCUUUUCCAAGGCGAUGCAAAUGGACUUCUUUACCCACCUCCCUGGAUUCAAACCUAUAGACCAUAUAGCCCACAAAGGUGAAGUUCUACAACAUCUUGCGAGAAGGCCACUUACAAAAUACUUGAAUCGCGUCACAAAGCCGCUCGCAUCAGAAACCACUUUCGCAGUCAAUCUCAUUUUUGGCAACUUGCCAGUGUGGAAGGAAACCUUGAUACUAGAUUCAAGCCUAGAUCUAGUUGCACGCCUCUCGACGCAGAUAUUCUUAGGCGACAAAUUAUGCCGCAACGAAGAAUGGCUUCGUGUGGCAAAGGAAUAUACCAUGGACAUGUUCGAGGGCUCGCGCAUACUGUCUGAGGUGCCUGGCCCGCUUAGAUACCCGUAUGCCUUAUUCUCACCCCACCUGAAGGCUUUACGAAGCAAGGUAAAUCGUGCGAAUCAGAUACUGCAGCCUGUUAUAGAAGAGCGAAGAGCGUUUAAGGAACAGGAGCGCAAGGCAGGCAGACCUGUCCCUGUGUUCAAUGACGCGCUUGAAUGGGCGGAGGCAGAAUGUCGGAACAUCGAAUAUGAUGCUGCGGGACUGCAGCUUAACUUGGCUAAUGCUGCGAUUCACACAUCGUCAGAUUUACUGGCCAAGACACUCUUGCUUCUGUCCAACGAGCCUGCCCUGAUUGACCCCUUACGAGAGGAAAUUGUGCGUGCAUUACAGGAAUAUGGGUGGAGCAAGACGGCACUGCACUAUAUGAAGUUGCUCGAUAGUGCACUAAAAGAAGCCCAAAGAUUGUUGCCAACUGAUUGGCUAGUGAUGCGCCGUAUUGCAACAAAGGAUAUACACUUGAAAAAAGAGAAUAUCAAAAUUCGUAAGGGCCAAUACGUUAUGGUCGACUAUACUACUACAAUGGAUUCGGCCGUCUUCAAAAAUCCCGAGAAAUUUGAUAUAUACCGCUGGGUACGCAUGCGGGAAGAUCCUGUACUUGCUCACAAGGCUCCGCUUGUUAGUACAAGCGAACUUCAGCUUGGAUUCGGACACGGGAUGCAUGCCUGCCCUGGUCGCUUCUUUGCGGCUAACGAGCUCAAAAUCGCUCUAUCUUACCUACUGUUAAAUUACGAUUGGGAGGUAACUUCAGGCACGAGUAUGAAACCAUGGAUGUUCGGGAGUAUGCCUUUAGUAGACCCAAGCACUACGUUAAGGUAUCGGAGAAGGAAAGCAGAGAUUAAUCUGGACACUUUACAGUGCGAGACCUAG